AUGGCUAUCGUUGUCACAAAUACUGUGUACAUGGACAAGCGAAAGAACCUUGAGGCCACAAUGGAUCGAGGCCUCACGGUAGCUUGGAUACUAGCAAAGCACCACGCGCAAGGAAUCACCCGCCCGCAGCUCACGCUGCAAAGGGCACAUCAAGCAUGCAACUUCUACCUUGGCGCCAUGGCGAUGUAG